AUUUAGAAUCUGAAGUGUUCCGGCACCAGCCAGUUGUAGAUUUCGAGCCACCCUCUUCCAGUCUUUAAUUGAAGAUUUCUGCCGGGUUUAUCACUGCACGGCAAUGCAGACAGUUUCAAAAUUUCGGGCUUUCUCCCAAAUAACUAAACGUAUACCAAAACCCACAUCUUCUGAAGUGUUAAGUUGUUAUUUACGGCAAUGUGAAGAACCACCAUGGACUUCUUAUUUUGUAAAGUAUAACAGUGUUCAAGAUGAUCAAUGGGGAAAGUCACAUUUUAACUGGAGAGUUGGAAAUUCUAAUUACCAUAUUCUACGAACUGGAUGUUUUCCCUAUAUUAAAUAUCAUUGCUCUAAAAGACCCGAGCAAAAUUUAGUAGUCGAAGAUUACUUUUUUAGAUGCAUUAAAGUACUAAAUUUAGGUAUUCCCUGUCUGGCUUACGGUAUUGCGGCAAUUUUUUUAAUUAAACAUAACGAGAACGUGGUUACGUCAAAAGGAAAUGUCAAAAUAUAUUUUCUUUAUCCCGAAGAUAAAGGUUCACAAUACUAAUUGAUUACAGAAGUUACAGUGUGAAUAGUAGAUUCAACAUAGUGUACAUAUUUUUAUGUAGCAAAUAGUAAUACUAAUAAACUUAUUUGAAUAAAUUAAA